GGCAGUGCGGGCGUGAAGCUUAAUUCAGAACUUCUCCUCCACUUUGCCACCCGCCUGCGUUCGGGCCAGAUCGGAUCGGGCCGUGCAGCCUGCAUGCUCGAUAUAGUACUACACAGUAUAUAUAUAUAUGUACGACCAUGAAGCCCUGCAUGGCUGACACCUAUCGGUAGUUCAACUAUAGACCUCCGACGACCUCGCCGCCGGUCGGCCACAUCGAGCAGUUCAGCAGCACUAGUGCAGCAAGGAAGCUUCGGUCAUGGUGCUGGUGCGCCAAGCCGUUAGCAACGACGACGCGGGGCCGGCCCACCGCCACACGACGUCGACGAGGCGCAAGUCCUCCGUGUGGAGGGACUUCGACUACGUAGACGCUGCCGGAGCGAGUGCCAUGGCGACGUGCAAGAGGUGCGGUAGCACGUUCCAAGCCAGCUCUAAGAAGCACGGGACCUCGGCCCUGCGGCGGCACGCCGGAAGCACCUGCUGCGCCAAGCGGGCCGACCAACGGGCUUCCCAACGGGCAGGGGCAUGUCUUCCGGCUGGUGCCGCCGCCAACGACGACGACAAACAGGCGCCAUGUCUUCCGGCGGCGGCGGCGGCGCCUGCUCCUGACGACGACCUCGAAUGGCGGGCGAUGGUAAAGUCGAUCGAUGAUCUCCAUAAACAUCCAGGGUACGACGCCUUCCUCUUCUCCAGGGAGGAGCAACAAGAUGGCGGCCUCCCUACUACAGGUUCGCCCUUCAACGACGGAGAUCACCACCGCUCUUCCCCCAGCUACGGAGAGCAUACGCACAUGCCCCAGGCACAGAGCUCAUCGUCCGUGCGCUUCUUCCAGAAGAAAAGAGAGAGGUCUGCCAAUUCGGCUUCGCAUCAAGGAGAGACAACGGACAAGAACCAUUCUUCUCUCGUAAACACGGACUGGGCAUCCACCGUGCACGAUUCUAUGGUCUACAACGAUUUCACUUUUGGAGAUGCCUAUGAUUGAUGGGAUCAUAGUACUCCGUAUACUGGUUCAGAUAGCUAGCUAGGGUGUUUUUUAGUUACUUUGUUCAAUCAGUUUACCUUGGUUUUCUUCUUCAGUCAACACGCAUAGGUCACUAGCUGCAGGAAAGGGUAGGUGGAGCAAUCAUGUGUAACAUACCAAUAUUUGCGCCAUAUAUAAAUAUAUGAUCUCCCUCUUUUUUCAA